ACCGUUGCCUCUGGAUACACCUGCUCCACCCUUUUUGGGAAUGCUCCGGCAAAAACUCCAAAACCUGUUGUGCGAAAAUGAAGCCGGACUGAACUGGGCGUGGUCAGACCCGUCCUGUCGUCUCACUGCGUCUCAGAGGAGUCAUUUGUUCUCCGGGAGUCCAACGCCGCGCCGGGUAACGAGGCUGAACGCACACACAGGUCACAGUUAUGAGCUUCAGCGGGAGCGAUGGCGACUCCUCCUCCGCAGACCUCAGGCUUCUUCUCCUGGGAAACAUCGGCUGCGGAAAGACCUGCUCCGCGGACACCAUCCUGAACGAGAAGGCGCCGCUGUCCGCGAGCGCGUCCAGGGGGAGCGUCCAGCGGCGGGGCUUCGUCGAGGGCAGGAGGGUCACGGUGGUGGAGGCUCCGCGGUGGUACUGGAGCGGCGGGGAAAUGGACGAGAGCAUCCGGAAAGAGACGGAGAAGGCGAUGACGCUGCUGGCUCCGGGACCGCACGCCAUUCUCCUGCUCAUCCCCGUGUUUCAGUUCACAGAGAUGGAAAGUCUUGUCCCUGCGGAGCUCGAGCGUCUGUUCGGGGAGGAUGUUCUGAAUCACACUCUGAUCCUGUUCACGUGUGGGGAUUAUCUGAUCGGACGGACUCUGGAGGAAUACCUGAAGAAGGAGCCCGCCGCCCUGACGCAGAUACUCGACAGGUGUAACGGCGGAUGUCACGUGAUCAAUAACCGACACAGAGAGGACAGGAUGCAGGUCCAGCAGCUCCUGGAAAAGGUUGACGCCGUCGUCCAGAGAAACGGCAUCCACGCCCUGAAGACGGCAGAGGAGCGCGAACUCGACAAAAGGAUCCAAGAACGAAAACGAGAGCUGAUGGAAAACUACAGAGCUCAAAGGGAAGCGCGGAGACAGAGCUUCAACACGGAGUUUGGGACCAACGCGGAAACCAAAAGCUUCACGAGCCGGGUCAGCGAGAGGGGGAGCGGCGGACGGGACGACGUCGAGGGUCGAGUGGAAAUUAGACAAGUGUCCAACGGGCUCCGCUCCAGUCAAACGCAAGAACAAGAGCCAACGGCGAGGACGACGGGCCUUAAAUUCAACUCGGAGGGCGCCGUUUCCUCACAAACGUCUCACGCUGCAUCUAUCCCCAAAAUCACCAGCACUUUUUACGACGGAGAAAACGGCGUUGAAGAAACAUCUCCCACAAUUCCCACAACUCCCCCCCGCUCGUCUUUUUUGUCCUCAUCCCAUUCUUCAUCCUCUGCAUCUGCGUUCACUUCACCUUCUGCGUCUGCGUUUUCUUCACCCUCUGCUUCGGCGUUUUCCUCCGACUCGCCUCGCUCGUCCUCACAGUCUUCCGAACUCCGCCUGGUUCUGGUGGGGCGGUCCCGGGCGGGGAAGAGCGAGGUGGGGAACUGUAUCCUGGGCCUCGGCGCGUUCAGAUCAGACCUGGUGACUCAGGACUGCGAGAAGAAACGGGCAGAAGUCUGUGGGAGAAAGGUGGCAGUGGUGGACACCCCGGACUGGUUUACCACGGAGAAGUCUCCAGACGACGUACGAGCUCAGAUCACGUCCUGCGUCGCCCUCUCCAGCCCCGGACCGCACGCCUUCCUCUUGUGUAUCCCCGUGGACCAACCUGCCAACAUGGAAGUGCAGGCGCUCCAAGCUCUGGCCAGCAUUUUCGGCACCGACGCCGUCCAGAAACAUGCCAUCGCGAUCUUUACGUUCUCGGACCGACUCAGGGACAGCGGGAAAGCCAAGGGUAAAAGUAUUGAAGCGUACAUUUCUAGCGAGAGGCCGGAUCUUUUAAAAGUGGUGGAGAAGUGUAGGGACAGGUUUCACAUCAUGGAACGAGACGGAGGUGCGGGGAACGUGGCCGAGCUGCUGGAGAUGGUCGACCAGACGGUGAAGGAAGCAGGAGGACAAUGCUACUCUUCGCCGGCGUUUCAGGAGGCGGAGAACAAAGUGAGGCAAAAGCAAAUGGAGAUCGCCCGGGAGCAGAAAGGUUUCAAGCCGGAAGCCCAAAAACAAGAAGACCUGAGGCUGCUGAACUCCGAAAGACGACGCAACUUCUCGUACAUGCAGCCCCUUGAAGAGGACGUCGUUACUGAAGAGAUGGAGAAGCUAAGGGACGAAGCGGAGAUGAGCGUCAGCGCAAUGGACAUCGAAAGCCUCCCUCCGGUUGUACUUUCUAACUUCUCACCGUCGUUGCUGCAAACCGUCAAGGACAAGAUGGAGGCGGGCAUGAAGACGUUGCCCGGUUUGUUGUCAGACGGCUCGACGUGGGUCACCAAAGGAGCCGAGUCCCUGAGAAAGAGUCCCGUGUGGGGGAAGGCCGGCAGCGGUGCUCAAAGUGUCCAGAAGAUGAUUAAGGACAGUGCUGUUUGGGAACAGGUCGCAGCGAGAAAACAACAGAUUUCCAAAGCUGUUGGAGGUAAAAUUCCCAAAGUGGUCGUAGAUGCCUCCGCCAGUCCAGUUUGGGGCAAAGUAGGUUCUGGAGCCAAAUCCGGGGCAGAUUUAUUAGCAAAGACCUCGGUACAACUUGGAUCUGGAGCAAAGAACCUGGCGCAAAGUCCUGUAUGGGGGAAGAUGGGUUCAGGGGCUAAAUCUGGUGCCAAAAUGGUGGCCGAAAGUCCCGUGUGGGGAAAGAUGGGGUCAGGAGCCAAAGCAGGGGCCAAAAUGGUAGCCGAAAGUCCAAUGUGGGAGAAAAUAGGCCAAACUGCCAAACAAGUGCCAAAGGUGGUCAUUGCCGGAGCGGUGCUUGGACUAGUGCUCGGUGUGUUCCUCGGUGGUCUGUUAGGGGGCGCUAUAGGGGCAGGGGUUGGAUCUGCACUGAGUGAAGUGGGCAGACGCAAGUUCGGAAAUAAAAGAACACUGGAAAAUUCACAAGUUGGAAACGUGGAUAGAAAUGUGAGCAGCACUGUGGAAUCUGUGGUCAAAAGUGGUGAGAAAGUUUUCAAACGAGAAUAAUCUGUAAAAGUACGACCGCCGUGGGUGUUUUUAUGAGGAUAUUGAUCUGCACAAAAUCUAUUUAUAUCAUUAAAUAACUUGUAAAUAUUCCUCUCUGUUGCACAACAGCUUUACCUGAAAUAAAGAACUGUACCACAUUU